GUUCUGCUCCUCCUCAACUGGUUAAUGUUUCUUCCUGAUAUCGAGUGAGCAUGAACACUUUGAACAGAUGACACUAAAUUAUCAUCACUUACAAUUCCAAGAUUUAUUUAAACCCUCGAAUCUUCAAGAUUCUUCUCUCCAAUUUUAGGUUUUCAUAUAUCCAUUAUUAAUCACCCUUUUUCAUAUUUUUGUCUGUAAAUAGGGUUUUUUUUCAAUUUCCCAUUAAUUUGUACCAAGUUUAUUCAAGAAUUCUAUACAAUCUAUUUGCCUAUUUUUCGAUUGCUCGAUUUCAGCAAGGAGUGAAAAUGAGCCCAAUGAUUGACGAGGACAUGCUGUUGGAUAUCUUAGAUAAUUCUCUGUUAAUAUCCCCACCAGAGUAUGGAAUGCAGAACAUCCUUGGCAAUUGUGAUUUUCCCAAUGGGUAUGGGACGAUUUCUCCACAGAAUAGCAUGCUAAGUAAUUGUGAGCAAAUAGAGGGUGAUGAUUGGAGAAAGGGAGGAACACUUCGUGAAGCGGAAAGGCAGUCGGUUUCAGAAGAAUCUGAGAGUCAUGAUUUACCUGUUUGUCCAAAUGGUGCCGAAUUGCCUGCAUCCAGUUUAGUGAAACUUGAAAGGGUAGAGGAUGGAUAUGAAGAGUUGCCGAAGAUGCCAGUUAUGAAUCCUAAACUACCAAGUGCUGUUAAGCAUGAAGUAAUGGAUGAAGCAGCUUUGGUUCAACCUUGUUUACUUCCAAGUCCCCGUAUCUCACCAAAUCGUGGGCGCAAUGGACAGAGAUGCGCAUCUCAAAAGAGAGUUUCUCCUGUCUGUGAUAUCCGUAGGCGCAAAAUGCCUAGACUUGUUGAAACUCAGGACAAACAUUUAGGAGAAUGUGAAACAGUAUCAGACAUUCAUGAAGCUGUUGUGAAUAAUAUAAAUCAAAUUGGAGAACAGCCUGAUGAUAAUGUUUUACAGGACAAGAUACAAGAAGAUGCUGUUUUAGGAAAUAGUGGAGAUGUAGUUGAAGACCCUUUUGAUUCACAAAAAAGUGCUAGUGUUCACAUGAAUAUGCAACCACCCUUGUUUAGCAAACUAUCUAAGAAUAAGGGACGAGACAAUUUAUGUGAGGAAAGCAAUUGUGAACAAGGAAAGGGAAUGAAACAGUCAGAUGGUAAUGGAAAACAGAAAACAUUUUCAAUCAAGAAAAGAAAUAAGAAGAAAACCUCUGCUGGAUUAUCUUGUAGCAAUACCAAAGUGGUAGAAGGUAGAAAUACAGGUGUUGAGAAUGAAAGGGGCAUGAGUAUGGUGCAAGGCCCAAAGUCUGUGCCUAACCCUCUGAGAGAGGGGAAAGAGGGAGUUGAAACCUCCCAAUCAAUGGCUGGGGUAAAGAUGAAAGAGGGGAUGAAGCAUGGCUGUGUUAUGAGCAACAAAGGUAAUUGUUUAUCCAAUACAAGUGAUGCUCGCCGCAAAGUGCGAGAUACAUUACGCUUAUUUCAUGGUGUUCUCAGAAAGUUAGUGCAAGCAGAUGAAAAUAAGGCAAAGGGCCGAGUGGAUGCAAGUAUUCAGAUAAGUGCUGCUUUGAAGAUCUUUAAGGAUCAUGGAAAGUAUACUAGUGCUAAAAAAACGUUGGGGCAUGUCCCUGGAGUUGAAGUAGGUGACCUUUUCACCUAUCGUGUGGAGCUUGAUAUUAUUGGGCUUCAUAAGCCGCUCCAAAGUGGUAUAGAUUUCAUCAAGCUAGAUACCAAGUUAGUUGCAAUAAGUGUUGUGGCUUCUGGACGCUAUGAUAAUGUUGUGGACAACUCUGAUGUAUUGAUAUAUGUCGGUCAAGGGGGGAACAUAGCUGGCGGAUGCAAGCAGCUUGAAGACCAGAAGCUUCUAGGAGGAAAUUUAGCGCUUAAGAAUAGUAUUGAUAAGAAGAAUCCAGUGAGGGUUGUUCGAGGAUUUAAAGAGAGGAAGACAAUCCGUGGUAAACGUGUUACAAUUCCGACUUAUAUUUAUGAUGGGCUAUACACUGCUGAAAGAUGUUGGCAGGAAUGUGGACCUCAUGGAAAGUUGAUCUAUAAGUUUGAGUUGAGAAGAAUUCCACACCAGCAAGAGCUCACUUGGAAGAAACUUGAGAAAGUAAAGAAAUCAAAGAAUUCUAAGGCACAGAAAGUUCAAGUAGAAGAUAUUUCUAAAGGUAAAGAAGAGACCCCAAUUUUUGCUGUCAAUACAAUAGAUGAUGAGAAACCCUUGCCAUUUACCUAUAUUACUUCAGUGAUGUACCCUGACUGGUGUCGGCCCUUACCUCCCAAGGGUUGUGAUUGUAAGGAUGGAUGUUCAGAUUCAGAGCAUUGUGCUUGUGCCCUCAAGAAUGGCGGUGAGAUCCCAUACAAUUACAGUGGAGCACUUGUUGAAGAAAAACCCUUGAUAUACGAAUGCGGGCCUUCAUGCAAGUGUCCUCCUACUUGUCACAAUAGAGUAAGCCAACAUGGUAUUAAACUUCCUCUUGAGGUCUUCAAGACUGAAUCCAGGGGGUGGGGUGUGAGAUCAUUAUCUUCCAUUCCAUCAGGUAGCUUUGUAUGUGAGUACAUAGGAGAGAUCCUUGAUGAGAAGGAAGCCGAACAAAGAAUUGACGAUGAUGAAUAUCUUUUUGAUAUUGGGCGAAACUACAAUGAUCCCACUCUUCGUGAUAGGCUUUCAGCUCUUAUGCCUGACAUGCCAUCCAAAUUUAGUGCUAUAGUAGAAAAUGUUGGUUUUACCAUUGAUGCAGCAAAAUUUGGGAAUAUUGGGAGGUUUAUUAAUCAUAGCUGUUCUCCGAACCUUGUUGCACAAAAUGUCCUUUAUGAUCACGAGGACAAGAGGAUUCCUCACAUAAUGCUGUUUGCAUCUGAGAAUAUACCUCCCUUUCAAGAACUUUCUUAUCACUAUAACUAUACAAUAGACCAGGUUCUUGACUCUAAAGGAAAUGUCAGGAAAAAGAUUUGCUACUGUGGUUCAGCAGAUUGCACUGGUCGGAUGUAUUGAUGAACUUGUGCAACUUGCCUUUCAUGAAAUAGCAGAGGAACACAUCACAGGAAUUGUGGUAUGCCAAGACCCCAGAAAGGCGGGUGAUUUAUGUAGUUAUUUUAGGUUUCGGAGUUGUUGAAAUCAGUUUUGUUUGCAUAUUUCAGUCUUAAAUUAAUAAAAUCAUAGAUUCGACGUAUCUUCUGUGUUAGUAUUUUUUAUUCAAGGUUAGAGCCUUAGAGGCGGCUGUAAUUAAUUAGUUGCUAUCAUCUUUUGUAAGUUGUAGUUACUUUCUUCCUUGUUAAUGGGAUCAGCAUAAUUGGGUUCUGGAGGCUACCUCAAGGGUGGCAGGCAAAGGCAGCACUCAAUCUAAAUCCAUUGUACGGCAGGGGCAACAUUGUAAUUUCAUUUGGGUUGAUCAGUCAUCAGUGUGUUUGCUGUAGAAUGCUGAUGCAUUAAUUUAUAUUCAUUAGCUGAUGUUUUGUGUAUUCUUUACUCCCUAAUGAUAUCAAUGCUAUGCCUUUGUUCGGAAUUUGUAGUCACAUUGUUUUAACCCUUAUAAUGAAGGAAAUGCAAUCUUACAUGUGUAGACCAA